AUGUUUUUCAAUCGUCAAUUUUUUCGACAAAAUUUCCCUGGCGCGCAUGAACUUGGCGCUAAUGUUGGCCCUUUUCGUGCUAUCUAUAAAUGUUAUUCCGCUGCAUUUCUACCUGAUCAUGAUCGUGGACGUUUAAAUGUUGAGAAUGGUGGAAAAAUUUUACUUCCACAAGCAGCAUUAGAACAAUUAGCUGAACAAAAUGGAAUCAUGUUAUUCAAGUUAAAAAAUACAAAACUUGAUCGUAUAAUACAUUGUGGUGUUUUAGAAUUUAUACCAAAUGAUGAUAAAACAUGUUAUUUACCAAAUUGGAUGAUGCGUCAUUUAUUAUUACAAGAAGGUGAAGAUAUAAGUGUUGAAUUUGUUGCAUUACCUACAGCUACAUUUGUACGUUUUCAACCUCAAUCAAAAGAUUUUCUUGAUAUAUCAAAUCCUAAAGCAGUUUUAGAAACAGCUCUAAGAAAUUAUAAUUGUUUAACAAAAGGUGAUGUUAUAGCAAUAAAUUAUCUUAAUCGUAGUUAUGAAUUAUUGGUUUUGGAAUUAAAACCAGCCGAUGCUGUAACAAUUAUUGAAUGUGAUAUGGAAGUUGAUUUUGCACCACCAGUUGGUUAUGUUGAACCAAAAUAUACACCAACAUCAUCACAAAAUAUUGCAACAACACCUAAAACAACUAAUCCAAUGGCAUCAACACCUGGUGAUUCGUUAUCAUCAAUACCAAGUAGUUAUAAAAGUCCAUCAACAUUUAUGCCAUUUCAUGGACAAGGCAAUCGUUUAAAUGGAAAACAUCGAUCCAAAGAUCAAGAACAACAACUAAAUAAUUCUCAAUUACAACAAACACGCGGUAUACCUAAUUAUGAUUAUGAAUAUGGUACAUUACAAUUUAUACGUGUACCAUUACGUACUGUGAAUGAUGAAACAGUUGGAACAACAGAGAAAAAUAAUGCGAAUACAUUUCAACCAUUUUCUGGCGAAGGACAAAUGCUUAAACAACCUAAAAAUCAACGACCGAAAUAA